UUCACUUCAUAAUACUUGAAUCAGCUGAUGGAAGGGGAAUUUGCGAGUCAAGGUGUGCCUUCAAUUCUUUACUUUUUGUACAUGAAAAGAAGAGUAGAUUUUCAGUUAAUGAAAGAGGCUCAGGAAUUAAAAGCUGCAGAGAGUUGUUCAUAAACAGUGUAAUGGCAUCUCCAACUUUGGAAUCUUUUUGUGGCUUCCUCAAUGUUAGCCAAAACCAAAGUGGGAUAUCAGACAUUCAGAAGAAUGAUAACAUUUUCAAGGCAUAUAACAUUGUCUGCAUUAUAUCCUCAGUAUUAAGCAUAGCUGGAGCUCUUAUCCAAGUAUUGGGCACAUCACACAGUGCAGCCCCAUCACAGACUGGUCAAGCUAGAAGCAGGCGGACAGCUUUUGAGACAGUUUCAGGAAAAACACAGAAAACAAUAAUCAGUGCUUUAGCUGUCGCAGAUGUGUUGGCUUGUUUUGGGAUUUUGUUCAGGUCUGCACUAUGGCUUGGUGACCAAGAGUUAAUUACUGGACAUUUGGAAGAUCCUGCAGCUCAUUUUGACAAUGUCUUUUGUGCAGUGUGCUCUGCAUGGAUUCAUUUCUUUUUCCUAUGUACAUAUUUCUGGACCUUCUCAUAUGCCAUUGAUGUUUACCUUGUUGUGUGUAAAAUAAAUCCCAAACCAUGGUUGUAUCACCUUUUAAGUUGGGGGUUGUCCUUGAUUCUAGCUUUUGGUGGAAUAUUGCCUCUCUAUACCCCUUUCUUGCUCAAGUAAGUAUCACUUAUAAAAAUGAAGGAGUAGAGGCUGGAAAAUUUAACCUGUUUAUGGAACAAUUUUGUUAUUGUGGAAAAAAGUUUGUCUGUUAUUUUAUUACAUAAUUGUUCAAAUAGGUAUUACAUGUACAA